GGGCCGCCUCUGAAGCCAAAAUAUUUACAACGCUGGGCUGCAAUAAACUGAUGAGCAAUCAUGCGCCGAUGAGCAGCGAGUUCUCAAUUACUACUGGAAUUAUUAAAAUUUUGAAUGAACCAUUGCAAACACCAUCCUUGACACAUUGUAAGGCGCAAGGCUGCACUGCUGUAUACCACACUGUCCACACACGCUGGCUGACCAGUGAUAACCCGUUCGCCCCGGCACUCUCCGCUGCGCUCCACUGACGCCGGCUUUGUCACCAACAAGGUCUCAGUCGCGGCACAAUACCCUGCAAAGCGGUGUCAGAUUGUACCCGCCCACAUGCUCAAAAGGCGUCGUGUUUCCUUCCCACUUGAGCCCGGAUUGUUAUCGCAAACAGGACCGGAUUAAUAACAAUUUUUUCCAAUCGCUUGUAUUGUGCGAUGAAGCGGCUACACCAAUAAUUAUGACAAGUACACCCGUGUCAUUCUCAAACCGGUAUACGCAGAGUAUUCUGCUGGAUAAUAUUAUCCUCAUGUCUAACCGUGAUCUACUUUUUCAGUCUGUGUUAUUUGACGGUCGGCAGAUUUUCAUAAUAUUACAGAAGCAGUCUAAUAUUUUUACCAUAUAUUUCUUAAUAUGUUAAUACAUCGGUUUAUGCUGUAGUCGCAGUAUUCGUUAACUGCUUAUCGAUAUUGCUUAUGUCAGCUGUGGAAUGUGGAUAUCAAAAAUAUGUGUGAUAUUAUGUAUUUCUUUUGAAUUCUGUUAUGGAUCAGCGUACAUCCGUCGAGAUGCUGUGCGAGAAAGGAACAAGCGCCAAGUGGCGCCUAAUCGCUCUAUCAACGAAGCCAUCGAUGCCAUGGAGGGACGGCUAUUGGAUCCCACGUUACUGUCCAUGAUGUUUUCGGCGUCAGGAGUGAUGCCAAAUGUCGGCAGUAGCACUAUGUCCAACGCAUUUGCCACACUGUGCUCAUACCCUUACCUGUACUACUAUUACCAAUUCUGUAUGGGUUCGCCUGGUCCCGGUAGCCUGACCUCCCCGAUGUUUCCCUACACCGCCAACUCCGCGCCGUCUUUUGCGUCUCCCAGCAGUACCUUUCCCAUGUACAGCGCUGCCGGUCCUAACGCUGUAGAAACCAGUCCCGGUGCCUUUGGAUCAGGAACCGGCACCUACUCCGGCUCCAAUCCGGCCUUCCCGCCGUCCUUCAACUACAUGAAUCCUUACGCUUGGCCUAAUAGCGGCCCCUCGGAAUCACCCGGCAUCCAACCGUCUUACGGGCCAGAACCGCCCCCCAGUCCGGGACCCGUGCCCUCGGGAGCCGCGCCGGUUGGGAAUCCGGGAAGCUCCCCACCGAUGGGUAUGGGACAAGGAUUCCCGGGACCGCGCUCGACUUUCCGUGGGUCCCCGUUGACCCAGGCCGAAGCGCCCAAAGCGUCGCCGAUGCUGGAAGAGACACCGGUAAUCGUGGCGGUGGAGCGGAACCCGGUGUUGGAGUAUCAGCCGCCUGUGUCCAGCGGAGUGUUGAAUGGCUCGGUGCUGGUCGAAUUUCCGAGAUUUUAUUUUGAACGAAACGCCACUCGCAUCACAGUUAAUACCACCUUCGAUGAAAACCGAAACCGAAGCGUUGCGGUUACUGUUAAUAGCAUUAGCUUGGAUCCGCUUCGCGAUGACCUUUCUGUCGAUCUGAAGGAUUCAGUGGAACGGAAGGAAUUGUUGCGAACUUUGACGAAACUAUCUGGAAGAAACCGGCAUUCGGUGGCGCAGAUGCACCGGGAUUUCGAGCGGUACCUGAGUUUCGCCUUCGAAUUGGUGGCUGCUGAUGAGAAGAACGGACUAGUGAACAACAUAAUUAGUGCCAUUAAAAAGGACCCUGGUCAAAUUGCCGUCAGACCGGAAUUCCGCGGCAUGUUUAACACAAUCAUGAUGGCUUUCGUCAACUGCACUUUGGACUUGAAUCAAACAUGUUUGGCGUACUAUUUCUGUAAGGCAACGGAACAUCUGGCCAGUCGCAACCUCGUUUUCGGGGUGGAAGUUCUUAGAACUGUCGUACCGUUCGCCGCAAGGUUAUUGGAUCAGCAAGUGCCGGGAGGCAUUAACGCUCUAGAGCAACUUAACCGCGGCACUCACUUGUUGAGUGGCAGCAAAACAAACAGCUCGAUACACUCGUGUUCCCAUUUCUUCCCCGGCUGCCAUACAACGUGAUUUGCCAUGCACUUCGACGAUAUGCAGAUACUUAUCGGUUAUCAUUUUAACAAUAAUAACUGCUACCGGCACAGUUUUGUACAAUCUAACGCUCAGAUAGCUGUAACUGACCAAUUAGCACGUACAAAUUUAGUCAUAAUUAUACCGCAAUGUAAAGUUAUGGUUAUGCGUUUGAAAAAUGUGUAAAACUGUAAUGCGUUAUCAAUUGUUCACUGUCUUGAGGCAGUAAAAGCACGGUUCAGUGUUCCUUGAUGCGAAAUGUUUUUGUGGGU